AUGAACUCAUUUGAGAAACUCAGCGACGAAAUAGUUCUGCAUAUAUUCGAAAACAUUGAUUGGAAGCAUAACGUACAGCUUAGAGGGACUUGUAGACGCUUUCGAAGGCUGUCAGAUGACCCAAUUCUGUGGAACAAACAUUACUCAAGAACCGCCCAGCUUAUAAUGACUCCAAGAAGCUCGCAUUCUGAUUAUCACAAGCUAUAUCGUAUCUCUAGAAACUGGAGCACCGGAAGAGCGACUUCUUCUUCUAUUAACACGAAUUCUGACAAAAUACUCACACAACUUCACGAAAAUUAUGUCUUCAGCACACUACGCAAUUCAGGAACAUUAUUUGUACACUCUUUUAGCCCUGUUGACGCUGAACAGGAGUUGUCCGAUAAAUCUAUACUGGCGGAGUUCAAAUUGAAGCCAAUAGCCGAUAUAAGCAUCGAUAGCAAUCUUUCAUAUCAUUCUGAUGGCGUUAUUCGAGUUGCUAUUUGCUUCACUGACAAAAGUUUCAGCAUUUUCUCAUUCAAAACACAAACAAAUCAGCUUGAAAGCCACCUAUACCAAAAGAAGCCUCGAGUGGAUGCUGGAUUUGAAAAAGUUCUUUAUACAUCUCUCAAUAGCCCAUACUAUAUCACAUGCACCGACAGGUUUAGAUUGACUAUUUACCACGUCGCCAUCCAACCAACUUUCAUUCAAUCGUAUACCUCCUCGAUAGCUUACCACCCAGCUUCGAUACAUAUCGAUCAAGACUCGUGGAAUGUAGUCGUGGCCUAUAUAACGCCAUCAUUCCCCAGUCUGUACUCAGUCGCUGUGCAGACAUUUCCACUCCGUUCGGGUGAUUGCCUUUACACAAACGCAAAUAAGGACAUUAAAAGCGCACGACGUACCUCUCGCAUACUUGACAUCUCUAUCAGCAGGAAUAGUCGGUGGAUUGCUUUGGCCCGUGAAGACAAUGUUGUUGAAGUAUUUGAGCUGACAGAGUGUUUGAAAGAACACAGCAAGUUGCCCACCACACCUAAAUAUCUUUCACUGAGGCUUCACAUGACUCUCAAUGGACACAAUUGCGCCGCCUCAAGCGUCGCUAUAGCUAAUGAUAGAUGUGUUACUGGGGAUGUGCGAGGAGACAUUAAAAUCUGGAACCUUAAACCCAAUACGAACGUCGAGGAUAUAAGCAAACCAUUCGAUCUCGCCGAGAGUCGAGGCAUUACUUUAAGGGAGCAUCCUCCAAUGCCAAGCAUGGGUGUAAAGCAAAUUGCAUUCGACAACACAUCGGUACUAAGCGUGACCAGAGAUUUUAUGAGAGUAUACAAGUUUGAUGUCUAG